UUCAAAACGUUCAUGGACUACUAAAAAAAAUACUAACUCUCGGCUUGGAAUAUAUUUACACAUUUUAACGUAGCGGCGGAGGAGGUCAGAUACAGAGUGUGCCCUAAAUUGAAGAAUAAAAGUUAAGUUUUGUUUUAGAACUUCCGGCGAGGGUAAAGCGAUGUCGUACGACGAUGUAGAAAUAGAGGAUAUGGAGUGGAACGAAGAGAUUCAAGCGUACACGUAUCCUUGCCCUUGUGGCGAUUUGUUCCAGAUCACGAAGGAGGAUCUACGUCUAGGCGAGGAGAUCGCCAAUUGCCCGAGCUGCUCCCUCUAUAUCACCGUCAUCUACAACAUGGAGGAUUUUCAGAACGAUACGAAGAAUAAUAACGAACCUAAGAGUCGUCAAGCCGUCGCCGUCGCGUGAGAAUGUCAUGUAUCAUCGGUUGGGAGAUUAUUGGAGAACGGCAGGGGAGAUUGUUCUCUUUUGCAAAAGUUUUGGAAACCAUGUUGGAAGUGUGUCACCAUCCUUAGAUUAUGGGUAUUAUUUAUUACAUUAACCGCAUGUAUAAACAAGUAAACAGAGUGUGUUGUGUUGCUGAUCAUUGAUGAUUAUUAAAAAAAAGAAGAAUGCUUUGUGCUUUC